UUGUUAUGAAACUCUUUUGCUACAAUAUAAAUGUGCCCUCGCUAUAGCUUUGUUUUAUUGUAGACGGAAAGGUAAGAACAUGACAGUCUGUGAAACAGAAAUUUCCAUGUAGAUGAACAUGAUUGGAGUUUUAUUCACUUAAGUGCAGAUUCCUAUUUGGUCAAUUGAAGUAUUGCAUUUAUCAUCCAUUGAGGAUUUAACAUUCAUAAAGAUGCAUAAACAUAGUUGCAUUUUUAAAGGCUGGAACUGAUUUGACUCCCUUGUUUCAAACAGGGAACCUCCUGUGAAUUUUGUAAAUGGACGCGCAAAUCAACAUCAGCCAAAAUGGAAUCCUGGAAAAGCCUUUUCUUUGUUAUGAGUUUAGUAACACGUCUUGUCAGAAGUUUGUCUAUUCUUUGGAAACUCGAAUAUUACUCUACAUCCUUUUUAGUGUCUCUUCAAUUGUGACAAUCAUAGGAAACAUGUUGGUGAUCAUAACGGUCAUUCAUUUCAAGCAGCUUCACUCACCAACUAACUACCUCAUCCUGUCGCUGGCCGUGGCCGAUCUGCUUGUAGGAGGAGUUGUGAUGCCUCCCAGCAUGCUGCGCUCCAUCGAGACGUGCUGGUAUCUGGGAGAUUUGUUCUGUAAAAUACACAGCAGUCUUGAUGUGACUUUGUGCACUGCAUCAAUUUUAAACCUCUGUAUCAUUUCUUUAGACAGAUAUUAUGCCAUAUGUCACCCCUUUCAAUAUCACAGUAAAAUGACGUCACAGGCCACACUAGUUAUGAUUAUUAUCUGCUGGACUGUUUCAGCUGCUCUGGGGUUUGGCAUGAUCUUCAUGGAGCUGAAUAUUCUUGGCAUUGAAGAUUUUUACUAUGAGAACUUUGACUGUGAUGGAAGAUGCAUGGUGUUUCAGAGCAUAGAGGCAGCAACCAUAAUGUCGCUGACCUGUUUUUAUGUUCCCGCAGUUGUCAUGCUCUGCAUAUAUAUGAAAAUCUUACAUGUGGCUAAAAGGCAGGUGCAGGCCAUUCAGAGUGUUAAUUCUGAAUCAAAAAAAGAGGGAAAAGCCACUAAGACUUUAGCCAUCAUUAUGGGAGUGUUUCUGACUUUCUGGAUACCUUUUUUUCUAUGUAAUCUUAUUGACCCCUUCAUUGGGUACUCUGUACCUCCACUGCUGUUUGACUUGUUCCUGUGGGUCGGCUACUAUAAUUCCACAUGUAAUCCUAUAGUGUAUGCCUUUUUUUACAGCUGGUUCAGACAUGCAUUUAGAGUGAUUCUGUCUGGAAGAAUAUUUCAGAGCAAUUCUUCAAGAACAAUCUUAUUGUAAAUGUGAUAUCACUGUGAACCUAGCCAAAUGUGUUUAUUGGAACUUAAUGAAACAACAUGACAUUUUGCAUUUGUUCAUCAUCCGUCUUAGCUCUCAAGUCAAGUCACCUUUAUUUAUAUAGCGCUUUUUACAAUGCAGAUUGUGUCAAAGCAGCUUUACAGUGAUAACUGGUAUAUGAUUUGGCUGCACAGCAGCUCUUAAAGAAUAGUGUCAAUGCAGGCAGAUCAAAGCACUGUUGAAUAAAUGUCAAGAAUACUGUUGAAUAUCAGAAACAUUACUGUAUUUUGAUAUCUAAUGGCCUCAGAAUUUUGCCUCAGCAAUGCAGAAAUAAAGGCCAUCUGCCAUGUUUCCUGAUCAUCCUGAUUCAUAACUCACCCACACCGCAAAAACUGAUACGAGUUUAUAAUUAGUGUUGUUUGACUUGUAAUUUAGUAAAACUAGCUCUUUGAAGGAAGUACACUUUGAAGAUUUUCAGACUUGUUUUGGAGAAUGAAUCUUGAAGUGUAUCAUUUCACAUUGAAUUAAAUAAAAUGCCACUGAAACAAGACAAAGUAUCAAGAUUCAUUAUCUAAAAACAAAUCUUAAUAUGUUAUUGUCAUUAUUUCUUCUCAAAUGUAUUUUGUUUAAAGGAUUUUAGAUACUUUACCUAGAAACUAACACAAAAAUAUUUUUUAGACUAAUAUUUAAGAUUUAUUGCAGAGCAGAGACACACCGGUAAAACUGCAUGAUCAGUGCAUGACCUUGAUCCAGUCUAUCCCAGUCACACAAACUGUAGGAAAUAAGCAAUAUAAUGUCAUAAAACGCCUUAAGUGAGUUUGUUCUUGUGUCAUUUUUAGCCUGUGUGUGGGUGUGUGUAUAUAUAUAUAU